AUGAUCAGAACUGGGGCAGGGAGGGGGUCCCGGACCCCGGUGGCUGCCGCCGGCGUCCCACAGGCCUCUGAGUUGGGCCCCCCGCACAUCUGGAUGCAGCCGGUCACUCUGGGUUCUGAGGAGGACAGACAGACGGGGGCCGCUGUCUGGUGGGGCCCGAGUGCCGAUGCCAAGAUGGUGUGCGACGUGGUCAGCCGCAUGGAGGACACAGAGCCCUUCUCCGCCGAGCUGCUGGGCGCCAUGAUGCGCCUGUGGUCCGACUCGGGCAUCCAGGAGUGCUUCAGCCGGGCCCGGGAGUACCAGCUCAACGACUCGGCGCAGUACUACUUGGACAGCCUAGACCGGAUCGGGGCGCCGGACUACCAGCCCACAGAGCAGGACAUCCUGAGGACCCGGGUGAAGACCACCGGCAUCGUGGAGACACACUUCACCUUCAAAAACCUUCACUUCAGGCUGUUUGACGUGGGAGGCCAGAGGUCAGAGAGGAAGAAGUGGAUCCACUGUUUCGAGGACGUGACGGCCAUCAUUUUCUGCGUGGCGCUGAGCGGCUACGACCAGGUGCUGCACGAGGACGAGACCACGAACCGCAUGCACGAGUCUAUGAAGCUCUUUGACUCCAUUUGUAACAACAAGUGGUUUAAGGACACCUCCAUCAUCCUCUUCCUCAACAAGAAGGACCUGUUUGGGAAAAAGAUUGACAAGUCUCCGCUGUCCAUCUGCUUCCCCGAGUAUUCUGGUCCAGACUCCUUCGUGGAGGGAAUCGCCUACAUUAAGUCUCAGUAUGAGAGCAGGAACAAGUCGCCCAGCAAAGAGGUCUACUCUCAUGUGACCUGCGCCACAGACACCAACAACAUCCAGUUUGUCUUUGACGCUGUGACGGACAAUCGCAUGCACGAGUCUUUGAUGCUGUUCGACUCCAUCUGUAACAACAAGUUCUUCAUCGACACCUCCAUCAUCCUCUUCCUCAACAAGAAGGACCUGUUUGCAGAGAAGAUAAAGAAGUCGGCUCUCAGCAUCUGCUUCCCUGAGUACACAGGACCCAACACUUACGACGACGCGGCCGCCUACAUCCAAGCUCAGUUCGAGAGCAAGAACCGCUCCCCAAACAAGGAGAUCUACUGUCACCUGACCUGCGCCACCGACACGGGGAACAUCCAGGUGGUGUUCGACGCCGUGACCGACAUCAUCAUCGCCAACAACCUCCGA